CUCUGCUGCUUGAGAUUGCUCUCUUGUUACAGUAAAAUUUUACAACCUGAGGGGCAGCUAGGCAGCAGCAUUGUGCCAGCAACAACCCAUUUUCGCAACCUCUAAAUGUUACAUGUCCGUUGCUACAUGAGCUGGGAAAAACGUUAAUGGAAAGCUCUGGCUCUAGCAAACAAUCAAACACUCGUCAAGGAUUACGCUUGUCUCCGGCAUACACUUUACACACGCGUCUUCAACAACUUGAGGACCCAUGUCUCGAGCCGCUGUCAAAAAGCCCUUGCCCCGACUUGCAUCUUUCCUCACCACCUUUGGCAUCGGCCGCAAUGCUGUCGCACUUCACCCUCAGAUGGUCGCUCAGGAAUUGCAGGUUGCGCCCGUCCUGAAUCUAGAUGAGGCGGGCCAUGCAAAACGCCUCUCAAGCGCCCUUUUCCAGAAGAAACAUGGGCCGCUUCUACUCAGAGCCUCCCUCCACAAUCAAUCCUGGCAAACGGGUACAGAAACAUUUGGAUCACGGGCAGCGGCAUCCGAUGAGGCGGCAUAUCUCAAGCUUAAAAAUUAUCAGCAUUGCAUCGGCAUAAGCGGGCGGCCUAGCCCCAUAACUUACAGUGCAGUAAGACAGCAGCACAGCAAUGCUGCCCCGCAUGCGAGCGGUGCUUCGACAACGCAGGGGGCCAAAAAGGUGCAUGGGGAAUCCACCGGUGGUAAACAGGAGAACGGCGGUGGGAAACAGGAGACCAACGGGGGUGGAACUGGGAGAGGCUUCUUUUCCAACCUGCAGGAUGUCCCUCUGGUCCCGCUGCUUCUGGGGUUCGCAGGGGCAACCCCUUUCGUCGCUCUUGCGCCACCUGUCGCUCCCCUGCUGCCCCUGCCAGAGGACAUGCACAAGCGGCGAGCAGACUGGCAAGCUGCGUAUGGAGCGGUGAUUGCGUCCUUCCUCGGGGGUGUCCACUGGGGGCUCGCAAUGGCGGAGCACGGACACCGGGCCUCCAUGGCUAGCUUCUCCAUCUCUACGCUCAGGUACACCUGGGGCGUCAUCCCGUCCCUCCUGGCAUGGCCCGCUCUCCUUCUUCCCCCGGCCGGGAAGUUCGCUGCUCUGAGCGGAAUACUCACCCUGUCCUUCCUGGUGGACGCUGGAUUCGCGCAGCUCAAGCUACUGCCAAAAUGGUACAUGCCCCUCCGCGUCUCCCUGACGGUGCUGGCUGUGGGCAGUUUGAUAUCAUCGUGGUCGUUAGCGGCCGUCAAGUCAACGUACGACAUGGCUCGAAACCCAGUGAAAGUCAAAGAGGAGCGGUCUCCAGAAGUGAAAGUCACGCCAGAAAGCAAAGCGCUCUGAGCUAACAGAUGAGAGCAGUUUCGAGAAAAACUCUGGGGACCGUGCUGGCUGCGUUCCUGCUGAGAUCAUUGCUUGCUUAAAGAAGCUUUGUACAUAUGCCCAAUGGGAAGUUGCCGGGGUGGAUUCGGCUAGCAAAGGUGGGCUUGUAACGAAGCGUCGGACAUUGAUCUCGAGAGUGGAAAGGCUACGAAGGACUGAUUGACAGUAUAUAUGAUGACGUGACCAGACGGUCAACAGAGAGAUCCAACCAGAUUGUCGGAUCGAUUACACGAUUUCCCCAUACAUUGCCAGCUCAGUGGAUCCUAACAUGUCAAGAAGCUUAGUUGACCAAGGUUGAGUGACAAACUCGUAGAUGAUUACCGGAACAAACUAGAAUAUAGAACAACAGGUAAUCGCGUCAGGUCCAUUCACGCGACUUGGGCGGGAUCUACUGGAGCAGGGCGGCCGGUAGUGGGCCGAGUUUAGGGUGUUACAUCAUGGACUUCGCCUGUAUUCGCCUGCAUGACAAUCUGCCGCGCGCAACC